AGGCUUAAAAAAAAUAUCGCACAAGGGCUUUUAUUUCCGCUUUUUACUUUAUUUCAUUCGCAUCCUCAGAGCCCAUUCUACUCAUCUCCUUCCGUUUCAACCGCCUGGCAUCCUAAGCUCAUCCGCAGUAAUGGCUUUUGGGCAUUUAGGUUUUCCAAGCGUCCUCCGUUGGGUGCUUAUAAAUACUGUUGUGCGGCUCUUCGGACGAUUUUCCGGUUCUGCCUUGUUCUACUCUGGUCAAAUCAUGGAUGUCAAAGCUUAUGCCGCCCUGAAGAAGAAGGCCGCGAAGGAUCCAAAGAAGAAGGAUGGGCCGUCCCAGCAGAAGCCAGUGGACGAGUUCUUCAAGAAGGGCGAGGCCCCCCAGACCCAAGGACGAGAGGAGCCUUCGGGAAAUGCGGCUCCCGUCGUCACCGGUGUUAACGCCGGAAGCUCCCAAGCAGAGGAGCUGAAAAGGAAGCGGUCCGGGAAGGGUGUAUCGCUCCCGGAGAAAAAACAGAAGAAGGUGGAGAUCGCCCCCGGGAAAGAUGCCCCUUUGGUGGUCGUGGAUGAUCAGCCCUCUUCCCCCGAGCCUCAGAUGGGGUGGGUGACCACUCUGCGCUCCCCCGCGGACCCAGAGACAACGUGGCCCCGGGAGGAAGUCCAUUUUCCCCUCAAGAAGGGGAACGCCGUCAUGCUUGGGUCUCUCGACCCUUUGGAGUUUAUGAGGGGGGUCAUCCCUUCAAAGGACAGGCUUGUGCUGUCCAAGUACGAGGAUGAUGUCCUCGACUGCAGGAUCAUGCAAGCUUCUGUCACCGCUACCAUGGCGCUCGGAGAGCAACUCCGGAGGGUGGACAGAUUGCGUGUGCAGAAGGCGCAAGCUGACCUCGCCUUGAAGAAGGCGGUUGAGGAGAAUGCCUCCUUCCGGAAGAAGAUGACGGAGAUGGAGGCAGCCCUCCGGGCGGCAGAGGAGGGUAUGGAGCAGAGGCUGAAGGAGGCGGAGGCAAAGGGUAAAACCACUGCCGAGGAAGCUGCGAGUGCUGCCGCCAAGCUCGCCGCCGAAGCUGCCGAGGUGGCAAAGAAGGAGGCUAUUGCCGAGGCUGGGAAGGCUGCAGUGGAUUCCUUCGUCACCGAGGGCUGGAAGGCCGAGGGCCGGAAGCAAUGGCUAGCCUCGGUCAUUGAGCAAUCUGUGGACGCUUGGGUGGCGGGCCCCGGGGCUGAAUGGCUGGCCCGGAAGGGUAAAGACUACUACGAUGGCGGAGAGUUCUUUACUCAACGCCUCGUGUACCGAAGGCUGGCCCGCCACCUGAAGAUCGAGGCGAAAGAGUUUGACCCCGCAUCCUACGGCCUACCCCCUCUGCAGCCGGAUGUCAGGGUACCCCCUCCCCCCGGACGAAGAGAGGCCAGACCUCGAGGAUUCUGAGCUGCUAAUGGAGGCCGGAGAUGCCGAGGAGGAGGCUGGGGACGAUGCUACCUCCAGGCUGAAAGAGAUUGUUGCCGAGGAUGUCCGAAGUUAGGAGUUCUCCCAAAUCAAAAUCUGUAAUAGUUCGUAGUUUCUCGGCCUCGGCCAUGUUUUUGUAAUUGAAAUACGUUUUAAUCACUUUUCUUGUGGAAUGAAUGAUUGCCCCCGGUCCUUUUGUAUGGAUGAAUGCCUUCGCC